AAUCAGGGAAAGGAAUUCAAGGAAAUGACUUAAUAAUGAGAGAUCUCAAUCAAAUAAUUCAAAGGCCUCAUCUGAGGUUUUACUUAUUUGUUUUAAGAUUGAAUUUGGCCAAAACUUUUCAAUUUUGUUUGGUUUGCUUAUUUAUUUAUUGUGCAUAAGCCACUCAAGCUAAGAGCAAACAAAGUCGAAGACAUCUGUUGAUGAUUUGUGCGAGACCGCAAAUUAAACUGAAAUAGUUUGCGGUGGACUAUUUUUGUUUUGCGUUGGCAAAACCGGAAAAUCUCUGUCAAAUUCUAUCCAUAAUAUUCAAAAUAGCUUGAAAUAAAUAUUGCUAGACCAGAAUGUCAUCCAAGUAAGCCAGGAAAAGCAGUUUCUUAAAUAUCAGCUUUAUCACAUUCAGAAACAUUCACUCGUAGUAGUAAAGCACACCAGGCAACAGUUAAACAAAAAUACUCAAUAAUUUCGAACGAAUUUUCUAUUUUGUAGUACUGUGAAAAAAUGGAGACGUCUAUUAAAGUCCCAAAGGAACUAGAAUCCCUGCUGAGCUGUGGACUGUGUCAUCGUCCAUAUGAUCUGGCCACCAGCUUUUUACCCAGGGAGCUGAUUUGCCGGCACAGCUUCUGUGAUGAGUGUGUGACCCGGAGCACUUUCCUCGAAACAUCCGAGUGCAUUUGUAAUCUGUGCGGAGUUCGCACCCAUUUGUUUCGCCAAACUCUUCCCAAACCGACGGCCAUCAUGUAUCUGCUUCGUGAAAUGCCAGCUUUGGUUUUGGGCAGGGCCAUGUUGGAUUUCUCAGAGAAGAACAACAACCACAUCAUUGAAGAUUCUAAAGAAGAGCCCAAGUCACCAUCAGAAAACUGGCUAGAAGACAUCUGCAUGGAUAGCUUUUUAGCCAACAGUGCUGAGCAUUGUUUCAUCCAUGCCAUGCCGAACUCCACGUGGUGUCACAAUUGUCAACUUUUGCUAUGUCGCGCCUGUUCGGAUGUGCCACAACACCACGAUCAUGACCUCGUCCGCAAUUUGGAAUACAACGUUCUGCUGCGUCAAUUGCUCGACUUAGAGCUGGAAAAGAUUAAACAAACUGCUAACCGUACUAGUGAAUUGGCCAACCGCGAAAUGAAUUUACUACGCGAGCUGUGCGCAACUUCCUUCAACGUACAGUUGCAUGUGAAGCGAAUUAUUUUGGAGCAUCAUCCCAGUCUGAUAUCUUCUAACAUGAUGGGUUGGCAUCUGCGAGCCAAACAGGAUCUAAGCAGAGUUAGUGGGAGUCUUACAGUAGCCCACAUGCAUCAAAUGCUCAUCCAGUUGGUUAAACAGCGACGAAAGUUCGAGGGUCUCCUGACCGACGUGCACUUCGAAUGCCGAAUGCGAGCCGCAGUCCAGGAGAACGGCAUGCAGAUCCUGGAUUUCAAGGAUCUAAAUGAUAGGAUUGUAAGGCUGCGCAGUAAUCCAUAUCCUGGUGAAAUUCCCGCCAAUGUAGAACCACCGCAGGCACUUAUUCUCACCAACUUUUGCGUAUUCGUCUAUUGGAGUGAGGUUCAACGUCGAAUGCUUUCACCGCGCUCUAGGACUCCGACAAGUAGUCCCGAUAUACUGCCUCAGCCCCGACGAGCAGUGGUACCACCACACUUCAAUCAUUGUUUUAGGGAGCAUGAAAUUCAACAAUACUCCCAAGAGGUUGAACACGAGCAGAAUCAGAUAUUACGGCCACCGAUGAGAGAAAGAUCAGCUGGCGCCUCAUCCUCGCCGAGCAGCAGCAGCAGCAGCAAUAGCACUAACCAAAGCAUCUUUUCCUCGUCCAUCAACAAUGCCACGGCUUCGUCAUGCGACAACACAGGGGUUCUAGACUCGGAACUUCAUAGAAAUGUACAGCUAUUUCGUCUUUUGAUGUGGCAGGAUCAACAGCGGGAAAUGCGCCUGGAGCAGCAGCGUCACAUGUCGCAGCAGGUACACCAUCCAAGCUACCCAACGGUCCAACCAGAAUCAUCUUGGGUCAACAAUUGGGAAGAACAAAUGCAGAACCCUCAGCAGCAGCAGCAGCAGCAGUACAUGAACCAUCAACAUCAGGAUUAUCAGGAUCCGGGUUCCAGUUCGUCGGUAAGCAUUAUGCGGCAGCCGUCCAUUCACUGUUACCCCAUCUACUUUCUGGACAUGGAAAUAGCAGGCGAACUGGCCGGACGGGUACUAAUCGAGGUGAGAUCAGAUGCCGCCCCGAAGAUGGCGGACAACUUCGGGGCACUUGUCCGCCACGAUCGGGGCUAUGGAUAUCGGGGCUGUGUCGUCUUCCAGGCGUGGGGAGGUGAGAGCAUCAUCACCGGUGAUUUCGAAUUGCAAAACGGACGCGGAGGGCACUCCGCCUUCGAGGAUCGUUACUUUCUUCCAGAUGAUACGGGAUGGCCGGCUUAUAGAGGAACGAUCGGCAUGCGCAGGGGACAGCGGCGACAAGACAAAAGUGGUUUCGUGGGCAGCCAAUUCCGAUUGGUGCUGAACGAGAUGCGUUCCUUUACGGCCAUCUUCGGGUUCAUCGUGCAAGGCAUUGAUUUAGUUGACCGAAUAGCGUCGAGUGGCAAUGCUCUGGGACGCCCGGAGCUCAAAUGCAUCAUUCGGAAUUGUGGCGAGUACCAUUUAAACCAAUAACCAGACUGACAGAUCCUCCAACCAGCCAAGUCCUCUUUUAAAAUCCAAUGAAUCGUAAUCAAAGCCUCCCCCACAAACACUUCAAUUUUACAACUCCCCCUCGAUAUCUAUACAAUUUUUGGUAUGAUCUAUUACUGAUCUUGGUACGAAUUUUUCUAGAAAAUAAAUGUCCCAUUUGUAAAACGUCAAAAA